AACCGUCAAUUGAUCACCGGCAUCAUGCUCUCGAGUCGAACGAUCCUCCGUGCCGCCCGGGCUGCUGCACCUCAGAAAGCUCUGGCCCCCAGAGCCAUCGCAAGUUCGCAGAUCCGGUCAUACGCAACGCCUGCCACGGCUGACCCGAAACCCCCCGUCGCGCUCUAUGGCCUCGACGGAACUUAUGCCAGUGCUCUCUAUACUGCGGCUGUGAAAAGCUCUUCUCUUGAGCCCGUAGCAAAAGCAAUCAGCGCCAUCAGCGAAAUAUACCAGAAAGACCCCAAGCUGGCGACUAUCAUGACCGCACCAACCUUGACUAGCGAGGACAAAUCCCAGAUUGUUGCCGAGCUACAAAAGCACACCGGGGACAAGAGCGAUACGAUUAAGAAUUUCUUGACCACGCUUGCGGAUUACAAUCGAUUGGGUCUUCUGCAGGGUGUUUGCGAGAAGUUUGGGGAACUCAUGAGUGCAGCGAAGGGCGAGGUGGAACUGACUGUAACAAGUGCUUCGGCAUUGGAUAGCAAGACGCUCUCUCGACUUGAGGCGGCCGUCUCGAAAUCCCAAUAUGUUGGUCAAGGAAAGAAGCUUAAGGUCACCAACAAGGUCAACUCUGACAUUCUUGGAGGACUGAUCGUCGAGAUCGGCGAUCGAACAAUCGAUCUCAGUGUCUCGUCUCGCAUUGCGAAGAUGAACAAACUCCUCACGGAUGCCUUGUAA